AUGGAGAAAGGUGAUCGCGUUUCAGAAUAUUUGUUCGCGAAGAUGGGCCCAGGGGACCGGGGGCCGAAGACCACAGACCCCAGGUCUGCUGCUGCCGCAGUGGAAUAUACCGGGUUGAGGAAGUGGUUUAUAGAUAAUACACUUCUGGUUGUGACCUUGGCUGGCGUAUUGAGCGGCAUUGCUAUAGGUUUCGGUUUCCGACCUUAUCACCUGGGUGCCGAUGCUCUCAUGAUAAUUUCAUAUCCUGGAGAAUUGUUCAUGAGGCUCUUAAAACUCAUGAUUCUACCUCUGGUGAUAGCCAGUCUCAUUGCUGGUUCGGCCAGUCUCAAUGCCAAGAUGAGUGGUAAAAUCGCUCUAAGAACCUUAUCCUACUUUGUAUUAACAUCAAUGUUCAAUGCUUUUCUGGGAGUGGUUUUGGCGGUGUUGAUUCACCCAGGUGAAUCUUAUUUGAAAGAUAUUUCUGGGACAUCAGUUCAGAAGAGCGACCAUAGUAUAUUAGACAGUCUUCUGGAUAUCGGUCGAAACAUCUUCCCAGAUAACAUAGUACAGGCUGCAUUUCAGCAAGCGCAUACCGUUUAUGUCCAGCCCCAGACAAUGUUAUCAAAUAAUGGUACAGAUAAUGGCACACAACCAGCCUUGGUUAGAGUAGUUCAAUAUAGGUCGGGAACAAAUACAUUAGGUUUAGUAUUUUUCUGCUUAGUAUUUGGCAGUUUAUUAGGCACCCUCGGAGCAAAAGGGCAAGUUGUUGUGGAUUUCUUCCAGGCGAUAUUCGAGGUGAUCAUGAAAAUGGUGACAGGUGUAAUGUGGUUCACACCUGUGGGUGUGAGCAGCGUUAUUGCUGGAAAGAUUCUUGGUGUCGAUAAUGUUGCGCAAGUGAUGUCGCAACUCGCCUGGUUCAUAACAACAGUUACGAUUGGCGUAUUCUUUUAUCAGCUCAUAGUGAUGCAAUUACUUUACUUUCUUUUCCUUAGAAGAAACCCAUACAAGUUCUAUUGGGGAUUAUCUCAUGCUAUGUUGACGGCUUCGGCCACCGCAUCCACUGCAGCAGCGUUACCUAUAACAUUCCGUGCGAUGGAAGGGCCGCUACAUAUCGACUCCCGUAUUACCCGAUUCGUUCUGCCUAUAGGCUGUAACAUAAAUAUGGACGGUACAGCUCUCUUUCUAGCAGUUGCCAGUGUCUUUAUAUGCCAGAUGAAUAAUAUGCAUAUGGGAUUUGCUCAACUGGCAACUAUAUUCUUAACAUCAACGGCGACUUCAUUAUCAUCAGCGUCAGUUCCGUCGGCAGCAAUGGUACUCCUCCUCGUGGUGCUGGCUGCAGUGGAUGCACCAACACAAGAUGUUUCGCUGUUAUUCGCCGUCGACUGGCUGGUUGACAGGAUACGGACUACAAACAAUAUGUUGGGAGAUUGCUACACAGCGGCUAUUGUGGAACACCUAUCAAAACAUGAAUUGAUGGCUUGUGACGCUGCAUCUAUGGAACCAGUAGCUACGAAUGGUACUUUACAGACCACAACAACAGACUUAGAUAUAGUUUCAUCGAAGAAGUCCUUAGAGUCCGAUGAUGUUGUUAUAGACAUGCAUUUAGGUAAUAAUAAGAGUUAG